GUUAUAUUGCUGUGCAGACGUCAUCUGCGCCACCAAAUUCGGACACUUGCAUGUUCCUCAUUGGUCGAUGGUCAGCCUCCCGUUACAUAGCUAGACUCCUUUUUUGCUCUGCCUGGGUAAGGGCCCAUCUACCGAGGAUCUACGCGUCACAAGACUCAUUGCUUUACACACCUCACAACCCGACCAAGUCGUCAAUUAUUACGUUCGGGUACCUCGUGCGGAGCACUGUCCCACAACAGGACAACACCGAGGAGAUUGCUGGCGUACUUUGGCAGCCCAAGUUCACACAAUCCGGCAAAAUUUCACGAUCCGAUUUCCCUUGCAUGCAAGUCCAACAGCUGCCUGGGGCAGUUAAACAGGUUGAAGAACGCCUUUACGCACCUGUUACUCGAUAGCUAUCAUAACCUGACCACGUGUUCUCUACUUGACUUGAUGCCGUCCGUGUUG